AUUGCGUGCAAAGGCCCAUCCACAGGUCUUAACAAAUCAUAGAUCAUUUGAACUGGAACCUUUAAUUUAAUAAUGCAUCGAAAUCUAUAUCCAACAAGAAUACUCAUACUUAAUGAAAUAAAAUUAAUAGAAAGAUUAGUCAUAAGUAUUUAAAUACUGUCUUUCGUAGAGAUUAGUAAUCUUCUUAAAGUUUUACUGAUUUCUAUAACAGUUUGUCAUAUUGUUUUAAGUUAGUGAAACGGACAAUGAGUGUUAAAUCAAAUCAAGAAUCAUAUGCAGGAUUUCAAACUUUAAGAAAUGAGCAACGUAUCAUGAUAAGCAAAAUAUCCGAAAUGGAAGCAGAGUUGAAUGAACACAAGAUUGUGAUCGACACAUUGAAAAACAUUAAUCCUACAAGGAAGUGCUACAGAAUGAUUGGGGGAAUCUUAUGUGAACGGACAGUCGAAGAAAUAAUGCCUGCCUUAAUUUCAAAUAAAGAACAGUUGACUAAAGUCAUUAAAAGCUUAAACGAUCAAUUAUCAAAAAAGGGUACAGAAAUAAAUGAGUACAAAGAAAAACACCAUAUUUGUAUCAAAGGCCAAGAUAUCAUCGGUAAACAAGAAGGAUCAAAUGAAUCUAAGAGAAAUGCUAUUGUUGUAAAUCCAAUCUAACAUUUAAUAAAAAUACUAUUUAUAAAGUAAUUUGAAUAAUAUAUUUGUUUUGAUUAACUGCAAAAUAUGGCUCUAAUAGUUAACGUACUCUAGUCCUUAAAAGAUGAUUAUUACGAUAUGUAUGCACGUUUGAAAAAUACCU